AUGAGCAAUGAUUCUACUCGCGCAGGCGGGAAGCGUGGUGAGCGUUUUGAGCCCGCUCAAACGUUCGGCACAGUCUGCACAUCGACCUCAAAUACCGUCUGGACGCCUGAACCCUCGACUCGAAGCACUGGCAGCGGAAGAGCUUUCGUAGGCGCGAACGAAGAUGUGCUGUGUUGGGACGUGAAAAAGGGGGAAUUGCUGUCCAAAUGGCACGAUAAAGAUAACAGAAGCGCAGUGACAUGCAUAUCGCAAUGCCAUGCUCAGCCAGAUCUGCUUGCGGUUGGAUAUAACGAUGGAUCCAUACGCAUUUGGGAUGCGCUGUCUGGGCAGAUCGUCGUCAGCUUCAAUGGCCACAGAAGUGCAGUGACACAUCUCCAGUUCGAUGCGGAAGGAUCGAGACUGGCGAGUGGAAGUCGCGAUACGGACAUCAUCAUCUGGAAUCUACUUUCCGAGACCUCAGAGUUCAGGUUGCGAGGGCACAAGGACCAGAUCACGGGGCUUUCAUUUUUGAGAACACCAGUAGGCGAUGCGUCCGAGGUUGAGAUUGGGGAGAUUGAGGAGAAUUAUCUACUGUCCACUUCGAAAGACGCACUGGUGAAAAUCUGGGACUUGACUACUCCUCACUGCAUCGAAACACAUGUCGCCCAGACGAGCGGAGAGUGUUGGGCGCUCGGCCUGAGUCCUGACGGCGCUGGAUGUAUCACUGCUGGCAACGACGGCGAGCUGAAGGUGUGGAGGCUGGAUGUCGUUGCACUUGCAAAACUUGGCAGUACCGUUGGCGAAAGCAAGAAGCAAGACGUGCUGCAAAGCCAAGGAAUCAUCCAUCGACAAGGCAAAGAUCGAACCAUCGGAGUCGUCUUCCAUCCCAAACAGGACUAUGUCGCUAUACAUGGCUCGGAAAAGGCUGUUGAGUUAUGGCGAAUACGCUCAGCAGAGGAAUUAGAUCGACACAUGAAGCGGAAGCGAAGAAGAAGACGAGAGAAAGCCGCUGCGGCAGGAGAAACUGCUGCGCCUGAGAUAGACGAAGUGCCGGAGACUCCUGAUGUCACAGACGUCUUCAUUCCUGUUGUUACUGUUCGGACUGGCGGCAAGGUCCGCUCAGUCAACUGGAUGACAUCGAGAACAAAAUCGUCAAAGCACAUUCAAUUACUUGCUGGCCUCACAAAUAACCAGCUCGAGGUCUACAGCAUCGAAUCUAUCAAGACCCAGGACAAGGCGGAGCGAAAGAUUCCCGACUACAGCAGAUCGCUGGCAGUCGAGCUUCCCGGACAUCGAUCAGAUAUCAGAACUCUCGCAUUGUCUUCAGAUGAUCGCAUGCUUGCGAGUGCGUCGAAAGGUCUGCUGAAGAUCUGGAAUCUGCGUACUCGGUCAUGCUUGCGGACGCUUGAAUGUGGAGAAGCCAUUUGCUCCACAUUCCUACCAGGCGAUCGCAUGGUCUUGUUGGGUACCGGAGCAGGCGAGCUGGAACUAUACGACAUCGGCACCAGCACACUUGUCGAGAAGAUUCAGGCACAUGACGGCAAAAUCUGGACACUGGCAGUGCACCCAGACGGACGUUCCGUAGCUACGGGUUCAGAAGACAAGACAGUCAAGUUCUGGCGGUUUGACCUUGUUGACGAGGAGAUACCUGGAACGAGGCGAACGGUGCAGAAGUUGAAGCUUGCGCAAACACGACUUCUCAAAGCAGCAGACGCUGUUCUAUCAGUAUGUUUUUCACCUGACCAGAAAUACCUCGCCGUCAGUACGAUGGAUUCCAAAGUAUACACGUACUUUGUCGACAGCCUGAAACAGUAUCACAUCCUCUAUGGACACAAGCUACCUGUUCUGAGUGUCAGCAUAAGUAGCGAUUCCAAGUUAGUUGCUACAGCUUCAGCCGACAAGAAUGUGAGGAUUUGGGGUCUUGACUUUGGCGACUGUCACAAGGCGUUCUUCGCUCACCAGGACAACGUCAUGGCUUGCGGGUUUAUACCACACCCUGUCGAGCAGGACGAGAAGCAUACUGUUUUCAGUGUCGGCAAAGAUGGGGUUCUCAAGUCUUGGGACGCCGACAAGUUCGAGCAAAUUCAAAAGCUUGAAGGUCACCAUGGCGAGAUCUGGGCGAUGGCGAUAAGCCGGACUGGUGAGACCGUUGUCACAGCUGCACAUGACAAAAGCAUAAGGGUAUGGAACGUUGGCGACGACCUGAUAUUCCUUGAAGAAGAACGUGAACGGGAGCUCGAAGAAAUGUACGAAUCGACAUUAGCUCAAAACAUGGACCGAGACUUCCAAGGCAAUGAAGAACAAGACGCAGAAGUCGGCGCUGCAACGAAGCAGACUAUAUCAACAUUGACACACGGCGAAAAGAUUAUGGAGGCCCUCGACAUCGCUCUGGUCGAUCUAGAGCUGAUGCAGCAGUAUGAACGAGAGAAGGCUAGCAAUCCCAAGCUUGCACCACCCCAGGACCGAAACCCAAUCUUCGCACACAUGAACAUCUCCGCCGAACAGCACGUUCUUCAGACCUUACGAAAAGUCCCAUCCGCUGCUCUGAAUGACGCACUUCUCGUCAUACCGUUCACCACACUCCCAACUCUCUACCGCUUCCUGGCCAUUUUCUUCCGGAAACGCAUGCAACCAGAAUUGGCUUGGAGGAUCACGUACUUCAUGUUGCAGGCACACAUGACACAGAUCGUGGCUUCGAGGCAGCUGAGAGACGUGCUCGGAGACGUCUACGAGGCGUUUGAUGCUUGGAUAGAGGAAGAGAAGGGCAUCGUCGGCUUCAAUCUCGCGGCUCUGAAUAUCAUGUGCCGAGAAGCACGCGAGAAUGAAAAUCUGUAUUUAGACGAGAAAGUUGAGGAGGAGAUUGAGCCUGAGAAAGGUAGGAAGAAGAGGGCUUUUGCUAAUUUGGGAUAGAUUCAACGAUAUGAGGGAACCACAGAUCGCAGCAUGUAAUGGCAUAGCGGGCGGUAGAGGUUACCGCUGAAAGGAAGUAGUCUGCUUAGAGGAUGAGACUUUUGCG